AUGGCGGCAGCUGGUGUUGCAAGACCUCCUCAACCCGCAUCUAGCGAGCUAUUGGGUGAGCCGAUAGAUGUAGCAUCGCAAAAAAAGCCAAUCCUUUUCGAUCCACCCCAGCAUCUGUGCUACAAUCAUCCGACAUCAACAAUCAGUCUUGACGACCUAGGCCUCGACUUCCCGCAAGCCAGUUCACAAACAGCCAUCACUGCACCAUUUCCACUCUUGACUUCUGCCGGUGUUCGUGAGCUGCGUGCCGAUAUAUUUCGCCCCGAGAUUGUCGGCAAGUAUGGCUCAUGGAAAUACCCCGGUGUCUACCGCAUUCGUGGUUACGGGGAGGCUGCGCCAUUCGCCUAUUCCAUGUGGCGAAGUCCCGAGGUGCUGAAGGCAUGCUCAGAUGCAGCAGGUGUAGAGUUGGAUGUCAUCAUGGACUAUGAGAUUGGACAGCUCAACGUACAAUUGCCAAAGCACGUGGAUAAGAGCAGUGCCAUUACGGACAACCUGCCUCCUCCAGAGCCGCCAAAAGCAAGUGACGAUGACCUUGAACCAGAAGAAGAGGGCGCAGAUCUCAAAGAUCUUGUUUCUGCGUGGCAUCACGACUCUUAUCCGUGGGUAUGCGUUCUAAUGCUCUCUGAUCCGAUCGGGAUGUCAGGAGGCGAGACGGCCUUGCGCAAAGGCGACGGCGGCAUCUUGAAGAUGAGGCAGCCUGGCAUGGGAUAUGCCGUGAUGAUGCAAGGCAGCAUGGUCUCACACGCUGCUCUGCGCACUCUUGGCAGCGGCGAGCGCAUUACUUUUGUUGUUUCGAUGCGUCCGCGUGAUCCAUUACUGCCCGAUACCAGCACGUUGCGUACAGUCAAGCCCAUCAGCAACAACGAUGAGCUGUUCCGGCAAUGGACAGGCUAUCGUUUCGAUGUUGUAGCCAAACGCCUAGCUAAGAUGCGCGAGACGCUCCAGGCUGAGGGAAGGCCGGCUGCCGAGACUCAUCGACUGACGAAGGAGUGGGUGCAGGCGCAAAUUGAGUAUCUGCAAACCACGGUAGAUGAAAUGGAUCUGAACGAUUAUAUAGCUCCAAAUUUUAAAUAG